AUGGUGUUUGAAAGCUAUGGUGUGGAGAGGAACUAUGACUCGCACCUCCGAUCAACCACCUACCUCCUCCGACCGGUGAGAUAUCGAGCACCGGAAAAAAACGAGAGCAAUGCCGGGGGGUCGAUUCAUACGGACAAGAGCUUUGUAACUAUACUUCGUCAAAAUCAGGUUCAAGGUUUACAAAUACCGGCCCGGAAUGGCGACUGGAUCUCCGUCGACUUCCCACCGGAAGCCUUCGUGAUCAUUGCCGGCGAUGCUUACAUGGCAUGGAGCAAUGGCCGAAUACUUUCCCCAAAUCAUCAAGUCAUAUUACACCAGAAUAAAACAAGAUACACACAAUAGGUGUGUUUUCAUUCAACAAGGGAACAACUCACAUACCUGAAGAGAUGGUUGAUGAGGAACAUCCAUUGCAGUUUGGGUCAUUCGAAAAUAUGGAACUACUUAUGCCCAAUGUCAAUUAUACGAUUCGCCCAACUGUAAACUCCGUAACACAUGGUUAGAAAAAAGACGUAUCAUAUCAUGUUGUGUUUGUGUUUGAAAUUGUUGAUGAUGAGCAUCCGUUGCAGUAUAGGUCGUUUGACAACAUUGGGCUGCUUCAGUCCUAUUUCGAAAACCCGACUCGCCUCACUGACAAGACUGCAAGAAGAUAUUGUGGUAUCCAUGCUUGAAACUGCUUUCUCAGAGGCAAUUCAUCAGUAAUGUGUGUGUGAGAAUAUAGGUAUGUGUACUUGUGUGUGU